AUGAGAAACGAAUCAGCAGUACUGGGUUCUGUUCCCCCCGAGACCAGCAGAUCAGAGCGCGACACAAAGUACGGUACAAACAUGGGCCGAUGGUUCUUGAUGACGAUCGGCGUUUGGCCGCUGCCGGCAGACAGCCACAUAAUGAAGAAAAUACUCUGCGAGACAUGGGUUGUCAUGUGUCACGUUCUGAUAAUAUUCAUUCUCGUCCCCGCGUUUCUCAAUACAGUACUGGUGCAGAAGGACCCACGCAAGCAGAUAAGGAUGAUUGGACCGAUGAUAUUUUGCCUGACUGCCCUGACGAAGUACAAUUUUCUGGUGGGACACAGACCGGGCAUCAGCGCCUGCGUGGAGCACAUGAACGCCGAUUUCAGGAGAGCCAAGUGCGAGGACGACAGGACGAUCGUCCUGAAUUACGCGAAAACGGGGAGACACAUCGCCACUGUAUCGACGACUCUGAUGUACGCAGCUGGCUUCUUCUACCGGACUAUUCUGCCCCUCACGCGACCCACCAUCGUCACCCCGAAUAAUCUGACGGUUCGACCGCUGACAGCGCCCAUCUACGAUCCUCUCUUCAGCGCUUACACGUACAGAUCUUGGACGAUUGUGUUCAUCGGCCAGUGGUUCAGCGGAUAUGUCAUGUACACGACUGCCGUGGGCGCCUGCAACUUGGCGAUUGUCUUUGUUCUUCAUGCUUGUGGACAACUGAAACUCGUCAUGGCGAGGCUGGAGAGCUGCGUCGAGGGGAACAAACAUGUUCCCGCUGGGGUUGAGGACAGGGUCGCGGAGAUUGUGGAGCUCCACGUCAGAUCGCUGUGCUUUGCCUUUCGCGUGGAAAGUAUUCUGAAUAAAGUGUGCUUUGCUGAAGUCGGCGGAUGCACACUUGUCAUAUGUUUCCUCGGAUACUAUCUCAUAACGGAUGUCAAUUCUCAUGAAACAGCAAUAUCUCUACUCACGUAUUAUGUACUCAUCAUAUCGUUUACCUUCAAUAUCUUCAUAUAUUGUUAUAUUGGAGAAAUGCUGACGCAACAGGGUAUGAAGGUCGGCACUGUCGCUUAUUUAAUCGACUGGCAUAAGCUGCCGGUGUCAAGUGCUAAAGGUAUUAUGCUCAUAAUAUCGAUGUCUGGAUAUCCCACGAGUAUCACAGCCGGAAGAAUGAUGCAACUUUCGUACAACAGUUUUUUGAGUAUAAUGAAAACUUCGGUGGCGUACCUAAACGUGCUUCGAGAGAUGACGGAUUAACUCGUCAGUUCGUCCCUCGCG